AUGGAAGAAUAUGAUGAUGACGGUGAUGAUGAUGAUGAUGAGGAGGAGGAGAAGGAGGAUGAAGAUGGUGAAGACGAGGAAGAAAAUAAUGAAGAAAACUCUCAACCUAUGGAGCACGAUCAUCAAGUCACUGAACAUGGUGAUUGGCUUGGUCCUACUCCUGGACAACAUCCAUUCAAUAAUCAAGUGAUGGAUAUGUUGAGAAACAUGCAAGUCCAGCAGCAAAUUUUUGCUACACCUCAAGAGGAGAAGUUCACGGCCUUGCAGGACCAACUUCAGAUUCAAGGUGACAACUUUGCAUCUUUUGCUUCCAUCCAAGAGGAACAGUAUGCGGACCUAAGGAGUCAAAUCCAAACCCACAGUGACAACAACUCCUUUUCCUCCACCAUCCUACAAAGGAUUGAUGGCUUUAAUCGCGUUCUCGCAGGAUCCGUAAACACACUUAACACGAAAGUCAUUGAAUUAACCAGCCUCUAUGAAGAAGACAAAGUUUCGCGUCCACCUUCCGGUUAUAGAGGCAGACAUGGCCCGUUCCGUGGACGACGACCUUAG